AUGACACAAAUUAAAAAACAGCAAAAUAAACGAGCCCAAAAAAAGAUCAAACAUUUUCCACAUCAUGAACAAAAGAUCCAUCUCGACAUCCGAAAAAAGCAUACUUUACUACCUCCUUUACCAUUUCCCCCAACAAUUCAAAUAGAAGACUUGGUAGCAAAACUUACAUCAAAGACUUCUAAACCGAAGCUAGCAAGAUUUCCAAAUGCUUUUAUCAUAUAUAGGAGUGAAUAUGUUCAAUUUUUGAAAGAGAAAGGUCUUAAUUUUCCAAUGACUAUGUUAUCCGCUAUGACUUCAUCAGCCUGGAAGCAAGAACCUUCAUGCGUAAAAGAUGUCUAUACCUUAAUUUCGAAUGAAGCAGAAAAGUUGUACAAACAAUCCCUUGAAGUGGCUCGAAUGACAAACCAAGGAAAUUUCUCGAACCAAUGCAAAUUCCAUAACUUACCUACAUAUUACUCCGAACAAUAUUGCUACAACGAUCACGAACUUUACACCAAUGGGUAUUAUAUUCCGUUUCCUGAAUUUGAUGCAAUUUAUUUAAAAUCCCAAGGCGAGGAAGAAUUAAUAAAACAUGAACAAUUCGAUAAUGAUGGUUGCCUCUUUUUACAAUACAAUUCGUCAAUAAACAGUAGCUUCGAAACUUUCAUUCCUCCUAGGCUUGAAGGGUUAUCACAUGACACGAUACCUAUGGAAAAAACGUCUUUCUCAGACAAUAAAAAUGAUGACCUUUUUGAUAUUACUACAGACAUUUUUUGUGAAAUCGAUUCUGCUUUAUCUUACAGGCAAAACUCAAAUUUUUGA